UGGGCCACCGUAAUAAAUAAAUGUUUUUGGUUUUUUUCCAUUUUGCGGCCAUAUUGAAAUACACAUUCGAUCCUCUUGAUCAAAUGGGUUAGAAUCCGGUUUAUGUUACAACGCCACGACGCAAGGGUAGCACGUGAGCUAAUAACUGAAUUUGUCAUCGGCAAACAAGCACUACUUACUCUAAUAUAUUGAUCCGGGCAAUCAUUGACGUACCUCGAGCAUUCUCGCAUUGUCUUUAAUUUUACCCAGUCUUUGAGAUACAAACAUCCACACACAUACUGCAGGUAGCUGGCAUACACGGAGAAGGAUGUAUCUGGCGUUGUUGCUUGUCCUCUUUGUCAUCGUUGCAUUUGCAAAAGACAGUUUUUACAUAUACCAGUUUGCCAGACAAGUCGCUCUGGAUGGUUACAAGGUUGAGGAGCUUGUCGCCAGUGUCGCUACAUGUGCGCGUGUGGACGACUGUGUGCGCAUCUGUGCACGGGAUGAAGUAUGUGUUGCUGUGACUUAUCGCCAAAACAAGUGCUCCAUCUACAGAUCAUCUGUGUCCUCAUCCGGGAUAUUACUCUCAGAAGCCACAACAUACGUCAAGCAAGGAGCCCUGCCCAGCCCAGACCCAUGCCCCGUGUCUGGGGGCUACACGUCAGUCCUGUCCCCACGUCUGUGCUACAGGCUCCACAAGGGUGGGAAGAAAUGGCCACAGACGCAGUCUCUAUGUGCGGCUGAAGGCGGCCGACUUAUCAUCCUGAAUGAAGAUGAGAAAUAUGACUACCUGGCCGCUUACACAAAGAGAAUCGACUUUCGACCGUGGAUCGGCCUGCUUGUGGAGAACAAAACCUACCAUGCCUGGACUGACGGUUCAACCCACAUCCGUGACGGGGCUAAGAGCCCUAACAAGUUCUUCAUAGGCUACAGCGCCUGUGGCUUUCUGUACAGAGGGGAAAUAAGAAGCCGAUUCUGCAGAAAUCCGUACGGGUACCUGUGUGAAAUAGUCAUCACCUGAUGCAAGGAUACGGACGUUGAAGUGGCUGUGUAGUGUUUAUCUUCCCGAGGCAAGCGUGUCCACUAGCCCACAUCAAAGCCUAGUUAUCACACACGCGUUUGCUUCAGUCAGGCUCUCUUCCCCGAGGUGUCAGUAGCGAUUUGAUAAGGUAUUUGUGUAAAACAUCUUCAGCACUAAUGAACAUCUAACUAAUGAUCUAAAAGCAUACAUAGUAUUGUUGUUAACAACCUCUUCAAAUAUUGGUUUGUUGGUAAGACAAGAGCAUCGAUCCAGGCAAUUGGGAUACGAUGGCAUGACAGCGAGCCCGACCACCCGAUCCCUUAGUCGCCUCUAGGGCGCCGCGAUUCGCUGUGCAGAGUUGCGUCCCUU